AUGGCGGAGUCGAGCGACGAGGAGAUCGCAGUCGACCAGGCGCGCGUGAGCGAGGUUGGGCUCGACGAUGACGGGGAGGCCAUCAGGCGGUCCCGCAUUAGUUGCGCCAACGAGUCGCUGGGUCGCGUGGCUGAUCUGCUCUCGGCGACGCGGCCAGGGAUGCGGCUGUCCGUGCGCCCUGUUCGUGGAGACGGGCUGUGCUUUUUCCGCGCUGCGGCUGCCGAACUGGGACUUCCAGGCCGCGCGGCUUGGAAGCUGUACAGAUGGACGCUGGUGAAGAUGAUGAAGCAGCGGAACCAGCAAUUGUUCGCGGCGCUGCAGCUGGACGAGUACGCCGUGGAGAGGAGGGCCCGCCUGCAGAAGGAGUUGCCAGCGCAGGUGGCCAGUGGCGUCGCGUGGGGCAGUCUCCCCAACUGGAAGGUGUUCUACGUGGACAUAUGCAUGGGCCUCCAUUCGGAGGACGUGUCGGCAACGCGCCGAUAUGCAGACGCUGUUGUGAUCACGCACUUCCUGGAGGCUUGUGGCGCUCUCGCUCUGUACGUGCCAUUCAACGCGUGGAGCCAGGCGGCCAUCUUCCCGGACCAGGGGUUGCUGCAGGGACGUGCGCAAAUCCCAGUGCUCGAUUUUGCUUUUGUCCACUAUGACGUCGACGGGCGUCUCCGACCGCAGGGCGAACGCGAAGAGCAUGCCGCUGCAGCCGCGGAGGCCCCCGAGUCUGACUCCGACGCCGACCGGGAGUCAUCGCCCUCAGAGCCGGCGUCGGACUCCAAUUCCGAGCUGUCGGAGGCCCCUGCCGGGUCAGAGCAGUCCGACGUUGACCACUUGGCCUGCGGCGCCGACGUGGCGCACACGACGCUGGACGUCGCCCACGAAGCAGCUCGGGCUUUCCCUGCAUUUCUCCGGCAGGACCCGACGCUUCCUCCGCCGUUCGACCCGUCGGACGCCGCAGACAACAUCCAGGAGGUAAUGGACGGAUUGCAGUGGCCGAUCUGCAACUGCGCCGUUCGGCAGUGCCGCAGGACCGGGGAGACGGAAGGGGAUUUGCGGCGCCACGUAAUCAGCUGCCACCAGGCCUGCCUCCCAGCAGCGUGGAGGCAGGGGUGGAACAAGAGACUCGCUGACAGCGCCGACGAUGUCGGCGUCCAUGCCGAGGACCCCGAGUCCGCUGGAGUCAGUGAGAUUGGAUGGACGCCACUGCGCGGGCUCUUGCGCAGUUGUCCGCGUGAGCUCCUGGAGUACGCCUUCGGCUUGGACGCGUUCCUGGCGCACUUCCCGCACCCUGCUCCGGACCACCGCGGGACGCGGUCGCACCGCUAUCCGACGCAGACAACCGCGUCUUCGCCGUGGGUGCGAACGGUGCGGUGGAAUGGUCCGAACGGAAGCCAGAACUCCAUGCGCUUCCUGUGCUGCCCGGAAGACGUGGUGUGCGACCGUCAGCAUGGAGUUGUUGAUGAGCUGUGCGAGUCGUGCCGCGUACCUCUGUGCUGGCAGUGCCGCGGCAUUUUCGCGAAGACGCGAACGGUGCGGGAGCGAAUCCCGCGUCCCGCCAUCGCCAACGACAAUUUUGUCGGGUUCGUGUCGGCAUGGUGGGAGAAGCACAAGCCCCGGUGGAUCGAGAUGGCCGCGGCCACGCCAGUGUGGACGAGUUUGAUGGCGUUCUACGUCGAGGGCGAUAAGGGCCACCUCAUGAACAAUCAGGCCAUGCAUCCGCACAGUCGGUACGCUGUCCGCGGUAAUCUGGCCAGCUUCCUGGUGCAUUGGGACGACGUCCUGGAGCGCCUGCUCGCCAUCACGGAGAGUUCCAGUGCUGCUGCGGCGCUGCCCCACGACGGCGAGACGCUGGCCCACUUGGUUCGCUUCGAGUUCCGGAUGAAAGACAAGGACAUGUCGAAGCAUCUGAAGCGCAUGCGCCUCCGCGCUCAUGUGGUGCUGCAGCUCGGCUGGGAGCUCAUCGACCGCGGCCACCCCGCUUUUUGUAGAGAUGCUGCUGGCAAUCCCAUCGCAAUCGCCGCUGCCAAGGAGGCGUUUGAAAGGCGCGUGAAGCAGUGCUACCCGUGGCUCGGCACCCCCCAGGACACCGACGGGAAGGUCCCGCCAGCCGUGGACCGGGCGACGGUGGUGGCGGAUCCGUCCAGGAGCAGUGUGCAGGAAGUGCAAAACCGGCCGUCCAUCAGCAUGGGGAUGUGGCUUGCAGGCAUGAGUCGCCGAGUGGAACACCAUAUCCGAUCGGACUGGCUCUUCAUCCCAGGCAUGCGCAAUGUCCACUUCCGCUUUUUGGGCAUCACCGCGAGGUUGGGGAGCAAAGUCAGGAAGUACAAGGACGAAGACGGAUCCGCUUUCACGGAGCGCCUGACCGCGGCUGUCCGCGGGUUGCACGACCUGUUGGCGAAGGGGUACUACGGGCCGAACAGGCGGCCAAUUGCUGGCAACUUGACGGUGCUGCACAUGGCGCAUGGCCUGGACACAACCCAGAAACAGAUCGUGCACAACAUGCGCUCUGUGACGAGCAGCCUUGCAGGCACCCAGGAGCUGCGUCGCAGGAUGGGCCACGUAUUCCAGUCUGGCGCGGUUGGAUACGGGCACGGGCUUUUCAUCACCAUCUCGCCAAAUCAGAAGCAGUCCUGCUUGGUGAUGCGUCUACACAGAGCACGCCAGGGCGACCCGCCGCUGCGCGCGGGGUGCACAGACGACGCACGGAAUGCCAUGAGGAAACGAUUGGCGUCACGGGAGUGGCCGUCAUUGUCGGAGAGCGCCGACGCGGAGCUCCCCGAUUUCGAUUUGCGUCUGUGCGAAGUGGCCAAUGAUCCUCUCUCGGUCGUUCAGGGCUUCCGCGUCGCCGUGAACGUGAUCUUGGGCCGCCUCCUGGGUCUGCGGUUGUGCGCCGAGUGCGGCGUCGCGCGAAGAUAUCGUAGGCAGCCCCGGUGCUGUUGCACGGACAAGUUCGGCUCCAAUUCGCGCCCCAUGGGCGGGAUUUUCGGGGUUGCUGCAGCUUUGCUUGGCGCCGUCGAGAACCAGCACCUAGGCACGCUCCACUUCCACGGGUUCGUGUACCUCGCGAACAUGUUCCAGCACGCACCCUUGACUGAGAUCGCGAGGACAAUUCGGGAGUCCCCUGGCUUGGCGGACGCGGUUAAGGAGUGGCACGCGUGGGUCCACAGGGAAGAGCACUGGGCCCCCGAGGAGCACCGGGAGAGCCUACCGUCGCUGGAGUCUGAGUGGCGGCAGAAUCACCGCGCAUCGGAGCACGUAGGUCUGUGUCGGUGGCCCGCGUAUGUGGACCAUGCCGAGCCGAAGACGAAGUGGGACGAGGGGUGCGAUGCCGUUGCCUGCGACGCCGACGCGGCCACCUUCAAGCAGGCUUACGAGGCAGAUGCGCAGAUGAUCUUCUCGAAGGUCCAGCAUCACCACCAUCCCAACGGGAAGCCGCUCACACACUGCAUCAAGAAAGGCUGCAAACACGGCGACAAGUGCAAGCACGGCUUCCCGAAGACCAUGCUCAUGGCGGCCCCAGAUGGACCGAGAUUCCGCGUUGUGUGCCCUCAGGUGGCCAGGGAAGUCGGGCUUAAAGUGAACGGGCCGAGGAGUGCGUUGGGCGAGAUCGCGGGGCCUCGGAACGACGACUUCCUGAGCGGGACUUGUCCAGCAUUGGCGGUGGCAUUUCGGAGCAACACGCACACGGCGCCGAACAACCGGCUCCCGCUGAUCACAGGCAUUACUCACGACCCGAACUGCCUGUGUCGACACGGCUCCAGAGAAGACACAGAAGAAGGGCACCUUCGACGCAUCGCAUUCGCGGUGCAGCGGUCCAUGUCGAACUCCUCGCGGUACAUCGGCGGGUACAUUUCCAAGGUGCAGCGCGUCGGGAAGAAGGCGCGGGAACUGGUGAAGACCUGCCUGUCCACGCUGGCCGAGCGACUCCAAGGGAAGUCCGAGAUGCAGCAGACGAUCAACCCUGUUCACCGCUGCGUCGGGGACUGGGAGGCCAAGGGCGUGGCGCGGACGAUCUUCGAGGAGGUGAACUUGGCGCACUUCGCGGACAAGCCAAAUCCGCUCGCAGCGGAGUGCAUCACGUCGUGCCCUGUCACCGACUUCUACGCGGGCUGCUUCCUCCAGAUCGUGACGGACGAGACUCGGGUAGGGCGCGCGACGGCGCGGCGCCAGAAGAGGUCCGUGGUGUUCACGGACGCAGGCGAGGUGGCCACUCCGCCGGACGCGACGGCGCGAGCGUACGCCUACCGACCCAAUCAUGCCGCUUUGAGCCCGUGCGAGUUCGUCCGCUUGUACGAGGUGGUACCAACGUACCCGCCACCAAGAGAUGCUUCGAAGCCAUCGACGGGCCCGACGGAGUGGAGGGCGAAUUCGCCGCCGGCCGCGGCUGAUGGGCCUCCACGGUCUGGGGUCCGCAAUGUCGUGAAGCCACCCACGGAGGAAUGCAGGUACUUUGCGCUCGAAGAAGAUACAGACGACAUGGAGUUUGCGCACAUGUACGUGAUUGUACCCCGGGGCCGCCAGCGCUGUGGGAGGAGCGCGCCGAGCUUCCGAGUAGCCCUCAAGCGCUACCUUCGCGGCCACAUCGUCUCGCCGUCCAACCGCAUCCUGUGGGCGAACGUGCUCCGCACCAUGACGACGAUGCCGGAGAACGCCGACGUGGGCGAGGACGACCAGGACUCGAAGCCGGUGGAGGCGCUACCCGAGAACGCGUUUCCGGUCCUCAGUCCCAGCAGCAUCAUGGCAGAGUUACGGCGAGUAGACCGAGACGCCGGGGCAGAUGCCGCUGGCGAGGACAUUGGGAACCUCUCCCAUUCGGUGCACAAAGCGCUGGAGCAGAGCAUGUCCUUCUGGGACCCGCCGAACAGGGCGCCCACGUUGAACUUGCCACUGCGACAGUCUGCUCUUCGGCAUUCCAGUGCAAUGCCAGCGGGGGCUCGCGGGAAUGCCCAGGAGCCACCGCGGAAGAUUGCGCGCUCCAAGAUGCGGGAGAAGCUGUACCCUGGCGACGCUGACCUGACAAGCAACAUCCAGAGCUGGCGGAGAGGACCGGGGGGGGGCAAUCUCGAGACGUGCAGUGGGCAAAAGCACGAUCUGGAUGCAACGCACCAGAUCACCACCGACCCGCAGCAGAUGAGCAUCCUGGACGCCGUCGCCGACAGGUGCGUCCAGGAGGCCCGCGAGCAGGACCAGCUGCGCGGAUCGCCAUGCUCCCGGCUGUUCGUUCUCGGCCUGCCGGGUUCAGGGAAAUCGGAGGUCAUCCGGUGGCUGUGCGAGGAGGGCGUGGGGCUGUUCCCCACGUGCAUGGGAUGGGAACACGAGGUGCACUUCAUCAAGACCGCCCCCAUGAAUUCCAUGGCGAGCAACAUCGGUGGGCGAACCAUCCACAACUUCAGCAAGCUCGGAAUCGACCUCAUCACGGGAAAGGACCCGGAGUUGUCGGAGAACAUGCUGCACACGAAAAUCCAGCACAUGCGCUGGCUCAUCAUCGACGAGGUGGAGAACGUUUCGGUGGAGUUGCUGGGCGCCGUGCACAGGCAGGUGAAGGACUCGACGAGGGACAAGGGAAACCCCUGGGCCGUGGACGCACGCGUUCCAAAACAGUUCGCCAUGUUCGGAGGGCUCAACCUGGUGCUGCUCGGGGACUUAUGGCAGAUACCGCCCGUCAGGAGUCUCAGUAUUGCCGCCAACCCAUUUGUCAAGAGACCCGCCAACGUUGGCCGCAUACUGGAGAUGUUCUGGACAGAGGGCUUGCCGCACUCGGUGACUAACCGCUACGCCCUGGCCCAGUCGCACCGCUGCUCAGACGUGUGGUGGAGAAGCUUUCUCGCCGAAGCGCGCGCUGGGAAUCUGUCGGACAGGAUGUACGAUUUCGUCCACGGCUUCCCCACUGAUGUGCCCGGCUCCUGGAUGCCCGCAAGCCCCGGCAGCGCCGAGGCCUCGACGGGGCACUUCGGCUGCGGGAAGGCGAAGUGCCGCGCGCUCUGGUCAGUUGAGUGGCCACGGAUGUUCGGAGAAGGUCGGGCCUGGGAGGACAUGAAAUCCCUGGAGUGCGCUGAGUGCAGCGCGGAACGCCAUCGGCGCUGCCGCGUCGCCUCUCAGAGCGAUGCCAGACAGCGGGAGGUGAGCACGGCGUUCGCGGACGCGCUGUUCGUGCACCCGUACAACGCCCCGAAGAGCAGGAUUCUGACGCUGCGAGCGGCGAAUGCGGCAGCCAAUGCUGGGAAGCAGCUCCUCUGGGUGGUGGCGCGCGAAGUCCCCCUCACUCGGGACGACGCAUGCAGGUCGACGGAGUCGCUCUCCCACGCCAGGCAGAACUGGCUCAUGUACCCCGAGAACAAGACUGGCAGAGUUCCGGGUGUGCUGCCGAUCUUCGAGGGGAUGCGGGCGCGGUUCACCACCACGGAGAAUGCGGAGGCGGGAGCCUGCAAGCCCCUCCUGAGGUACUCGUGUCGGCUGGGUCUCCAACCGACGAUCGUAGUUGGUGAUAUAGACAACUGGUCCGUGCCGGGCGGGUGCUGGUACUGA